GCUCCCCUGUGCUGCUAAUACCAGAAUUCCUCGAACCUUCAUCUACUUUCGAAGAACCUGGACAGCAUGGCAACCCAGAACCCUCAGAAUCCAUUUGACGGCGGCAACUCACCAAUCGACAUCUGGUCUCUCGUCCGUAACCUCUUUGCGCGUGAGCAAUAUCACCUUCAACAGAUUUCGAGACUUGAGCACGCCCUCUCGAAUGCGGGGAUCAAGAAUCACCAUGAGCGGACUGCCUAUAAUUCCCUACAACAGCAGUAUAACAAACUAAAUCAAACAUACGCCUUGCUGUAUGAGCAGCAUGGAAUCCUGAAGGACGAACUGGAGGCCCUAAAAUCAGAGUUCUAUUUUGAAUUGGAGCAAAGGUCAAAAUACGGCACUAGGCGCGUGGAGGAAAUUGCGUGAACAGGCCACAACUCUGAAGUCUAGACGCUGCUAGCUUAUUUCUUGUGCUGAUUCUUGGAUUUAAGUCAUUGAUGUACUACCCAGAUUCGCGGAGCCCAAUUUUCAAUUUUCUAACUACC